CCUGUGGAAGUUCCAGGCUCAGGCAUUCGCUUCCCGGCAGUCAGAGAGUUCGCAACACGGCGCGUUUCGAUGUCAGAGUGCGCGGUACGGUUGCAUCUAUAAGGAUUACUGGGGUGUUGGCCACUGGGAAAUUCAUAUAUUAUAGUUGGUUCGCGAGUGCGGAGUGUUUACUGCUUAGGUGAUGUGCAAUUCGAAAGUUUACUGUAGUGAACCAUUUCGUAGAAGUUGAGAGAUCUUAGGAUUUAUUGGAAACAAGUCUAGUCAGAGGAUUAUAACUCCUGAAAACUCCUGAGGCUUUAGAGAGGCAAAAGUCAAGGACGAAGAACACGCGUUUCACUUGUUCAGCCUGCUACACCCCCUCCAGAAUCACGAACCUUGUGGCACGUGCUGGUCACGCGUCGCCAAUCAGCGGAUCGGAAGUGUUAGCUUUACCGUUAUGCACUUAGCUGGCAAUUAGGCAGACAAACAGAAGCGCAACAGAUUUACCAUGUUUUCCAUGGACAAUUUCGACUUGGAGGCCACGAUGGCGCGCCACUUCUUCGAGGGAUCGCAGGCCACCAACGCCUCCACCUCCAGCUCCGACUACUUUUUCGGGGACGAGCACAGCUCGGAGAGCGAUGACGAGGACGAUGCCUAUAGCAGUGGGUUCAACAGCGACCAGGAGAACACCGAGAAGACCCGGAGGAGCCACAAGCCCCGGCGCUUGAAGUGCGCCUCCCAAAUGGCCCAGCAGCGGCAGGCGGCCAAUCUCCGCGAGCGCCGCCGGAUGCAGAGCAUCAACGAGGCGUUCGAGGGUCUGCGCACCCACAUUCCCACGCUGCCCUACGAGAAGCGACUAAGCAAGGUGGACACCCUCAAGCUGGCCAUAAGCUACAUAACCUUCCUCAGCGAGAUGGUCAAGAAGGACAAGAACGGCAACGAGCCGGGCCUAAGUCUGCAGCGUAACUACCAGAAGGAGCCGCCCAAGAAAAUUAUCCUCAAGGAUCGCACUGGCGGCGUGGCGCACUCGUUGUCCUGGUACCGCAAGGGUGACCGAUAUCCGGGCAGUAAGCUCUACGCCAGGACCUGGACACCGGAGGAUCCACGGGGACCCCACUCGCAGCCCCUGCCGCUGUACAACAACAGCAACUCGAAUCAGAAUCAAAACAGCAACCAGAGCAGCGACGACUUCAGCGGAAGUGGAGCGGAUAUGUCGGAUCCUGGAGCUGCGGCCAGCAUCUUCAGCAGCGGCAGUGGCAUGUGAGUCUCGCAGGACUCGCCGCUGGCGUGGCAAAGUCCUGAAACGAGUCACAGAGAUUGAGAUUCAGUGGAAAUCCUACUAGUCAAGCCUUGCUAGUCCUGGCAUCUAACACAUAUUAACCAACUUAAUAAUUAUAUGAAGAAAACAUGUUCUGUGGUAUUUAAUUGCUCUAAGUUCGCUAAUAUCUAAAUGUUAUACAUAGUGGUUUAGUUUAAAUCGAAUAAACAUUUCACACAAAUCUA